GACUGACUGCGCUUAAACAAACAACACAGGUAGACUAUAUUUUCUGUUGGUGCAAGAGAACCUCGGCCGUAUUUCAGGAUGGCCAAAGGUGAUGCUCGUAAGCCAAAGGGCAAGAUGUCUGCCUAUGCUUACUUUGUUCAGACAUGCAGAGAAGAACACAAAAAGAAGAAUCCAGAGAUCCCCGUUAACUUUUCAGAGUUCUCUAAGAAGUGUGCUGGAAGAUGGAAGACAAUGUCGCCAAAGGAGAAGUCAAAGUUUGAGGAUCAGGCCAACCAGGACAAAGCUCGCUAUGAAUCAGAAAUGACUAGUUAUGGUCCACCUGGGAAGAGAGGAAAGAAGGCAAAGAAGGAUCCUAAUGCUCCAAAAAGACCUCCAUCUGGAUUCUUUGUUUUCUGUGCUGAGCAGCGCCCCAAGAUCAAAGCUCAACACCCAAGCUUUGGCAUUGGGGAUGUGGCCAAAAAGUUGGGAGAGGCAUGGAACAACUUGACAGACUCCAGUAAGCAGCCAUAUCUGGCCAAAGCCAACAAACUCAAGGAAAAGUACCGGAAGGAUGUGGCAGAUUACAAAAGAGGAACAGGAAAACCGGGUGGGGCAGGAGCCUCUAAACCAAAAAAGGCUGAAAAUGAUGACGAGGAUGACGAGGAUGAGGAAGAUGAUGAAGAGGAUGAUGACGACGAUGAGGAUGAUGACUAAUCCUCUAUGAUUUAUCAAAUUAUGUUGUGAUUGGUUAAGACACUGGCAGGUAUUUGUGACCACACCUCCAGUACCAAUUGGAUCAGCAGAUUUAAUCUAGUCCAAUAGUCCUGAAACCUUUUCUGGUUUUCAUCUGGUACUUUGACGCCUUGCUGUCUGGUGUUGACCUGAUCCUUUCACUGUUUUCUCAAGUUGAACAAACCAAUUUAAAGUGAUAGCAUAGGGUUCAUUCCCUUUAACCCUUAAGAUGUGUACGGUGAUAUGUAUGUUCUACUAUAUGGCUAUUGAAAUAGAUUUAUUUUAGAUUUUAUUUUUCUAUUUUACUCUGACCCAGACAUUUCAUGGAAUUGUAAUUUUGCUUUUGAGAGAAUUGAACUGGAUUUGUCAUCUUUCUAGACAUGCAUAGAUUUGAGGCUAAUGUCCAAUCUGGCAACCAGGUAUUGAUGUCUAUCUUGGCCUGGUCCAUUAUGUCAUGUGUUUGAAUCAGGAUGGGUCCAUCUCAAUUUUAUGGCUGAAAGGAAUGAUUGUGAAAUGGGUUUUGUUUUCUUUUGUUUGUUUGGAUAAGUGGAAUCACAUUUUAAAUGUGGUGAUUUCUCUCCUGCUUGAACUGUGGCAAUACUACAUCUGGACAAGCUGAGAGUUUUCCUUUGCACCUGCAACUUGUUUUGUAUGUUUAGGAUGCUUGUCAUUUAAAAUAAAUAAAAAAUAGAUUUU